AUGUAUGCAUUUUCAGGCCCGCCUGUGGGCCGGAAGUCGUCGUUGGCCGGGCAUGGUUCAUCCUCGUCUUCUGGCCAUACAAGUCCUUCAGAAUCGCCGGCUCGGUCCCUAGCAGGAGGUUCAUCGUGCGGUGAAGGCGAACGCUCAUUGACGACACCGCCUCUUCCACCGGCUCUCAAACAUAACCCAACGACCACUAAUAGUCGCAAGGUUAGCGUUUUAUUCUAUCAUUCAAUAGUUAAUUAA